CUUACCAUCCCUCACACAAUCACUUGACCUGGACGGCAGACGCAGCAUCAGCUGCUGCUGCUUCUCACAUCCUCUCGGCCAGCAUGUCAUCCAUGCCAGCUACUCAAGCUAAUGCAGACGGACAUGGCUCUCUCAGCAUCCAGGUGGUGCAUACAGCGGGAAUUACCAGGUGCCUUUACGCGCCCAAGGCUGCCAAGCUAGACCGCCUCUUUACAGCAGGUGACGACUUCCUCGUCCGCCUCCUCCCACAGUCAUCCACCUCAGACACCCCCGCCCAACUAAUCGAAGACGCAACAGGUCCCAUCACCUGGAUCGACGCCGGCAAAGAUCACCUCGUCGUUGCCUCGGAAGAUGGCACUGUCCGCUUGUACCGCCACCAUCCUGGCACUUCACCCUCCUCCGCGGCUUACGAAUCGCAGCUAGCCAGCCCGACAGACUUGGCCGCUGUCCUCACCCGAAAUAGUCUGCCGGCACGCUGUGCUGCCCUCGAGAAGAGCGUGGGUGCAGGCAAGGCCCCUCGAGCUGCCAUCUGUGGAGAUGAGCUCAUUGUCAAGCUAGUUGACGUCGAAGACACACGCCGCGUCAACCUUCUCACCGGCCAUGCCCGCGCCGUCCGUUCGGCAUCGUGGAGCCCUACUGCCCCUACUCUGAUCACAUCGAGCUGCGAUGGCACGGCCCGCAUCUGGGACUGCAGCACGUCAGAGCCCGGUAGCACCAAAGUGCUGGAGCACCUCCCCAUCACCCGGCCUGAGGACGAGACGGACGUGCAUGCCGAGUGGCAUCCUUCUGGGCAGAGUUUCGUACUUUUGUCCAAAGGAAACGAGCUUAUCAUUCACUCGGCGUCACAGGAGCAGGGGUGGGUGCGCUCGGGCGUCUUUGCUGCCUCUGCUCGCGGGACAUCUGCCAUUCCCCCGCCUACGGGACCAACUACAGCGCUCGCCUUUUGUCCCAAUGGACGCUAUCUGGCUGCAGCGACGACCGAUGGGCAGGUGACUAUUUGGGAAACUAGUUCUCGCAUGCCCGUACGAGCGCGCAAGGCCGACUCGAACGUGACGAGCAUCAGCUGGAAUCCAGACGCAGACGCCCUUGCUUGGGUGGACACGACUGGCCAGCUCGCACGGUGGGAGGACGUGCUUGGGAGCAGCUAUGCUAGUCCUUGCGAGCCUGUGGCCUUUGCUGCCCAGCAAAGCUCGGUAAGGGCUCGCUCUGCCGUGGACGACCUCUUCGAUGGGACAGGCUUGGUUGAUGAAGCCGAGGACAACGACGCCGCUGGCCGCUUCAUGGACGACGAGGCAGACGAUGGCGGACGCAGACGCGAUCGAGACGAGGAGGAUGGCGAGGGCGACGAGGACGGUCUGGACGGCUUUCUCGUAGAUGACGAAGGCGGCGAGUACUCACGCGCACUUGACAAGGAGCGACGCCAACGCAAAGUCACCAAGCCGUCUCGUCCAGGCACAACGAUUGCUGCCAGCAGGUCGCAGCCUACUUUCCAGCCCAACUCGACCCCCAUGCGCAACUCGCGACGCUUCCUCUCUCUCAGCCUCUUUGGCUCCCUGGUAUCGAUCGAUCAAGAGACACACAGCGUCGUCUCCUUCGAAUCAUUCGACACGGCUGCUCGUCGCAACUGGAAGAUGGUUGAUCAUUUCGGCUACUCGAUGGCUAGCGUAGCCACCUGCGGAGCUCUGCUUGCCUGCCCCCAAAAAGGGGACAGUAAGAGUGCCGUACACUUUAAGCCCUUCGAGGCGGCAGGGGCGUGGAGCGUGCCAGGUGCCGAGUGGGGUGUAGAGAUGCCGCUGGGCGAAGAGGUGGUUGCAGUCGCCAUGGGCGGGGCACCCGCGCAGCGUGGUGGGGACGAGGAUGCGGAGCAGGACGCUGCAAUUGCCAAGUCAGCAGCAGCCCUCACCUCGACAGCAAUCGUGGCCACCUCUACGGGCUACCUGCGCUUCUUCUCUUCGUCAGGACUACAGCGCUAUGUCUGGGCCAUGGGUGGUAAUCCGAUCGUGGCUCUCGCUGCAGGCAAGCAGCACGCCAUCGUCGUGCACCGAUCGCAUUCUACGGCGCUGGAUGGCUUCCAGGACCUGAGCUACACCGUCAUUGAUCUCAUUACCUUCCAGACUCGCCAGACCGGCACCCUGCCCCUGGGACGAGACGUCACGCUUCAGUGGAUUGGUUUCAACGAGCUCGACGUGCCAGUCCUCUACGACAGCCGCGGGGUGCUGUACCUGUUGGACCGCUCCUUCGCCGCGAUCGGGCAAGCACGCUGGACGCCGGUACUAGACACGAACGCACUGUCAGCGCAACGAGACGCCGGAUCAAGCACCCGCACAACCUUCUGGCCUCUUGCGGCCUCCUCAACGCAACUCUUCUGCAUCUUUGUGCGUGGCGCAACGAGCUUCCCAGACCCAUCCGCGCCGGGUCACCCGCUCAUUCAGGAAGUGGACUAUAAGCUGCCCCUCCUCUCGCUGGAGGAACCAGCUGGCGAGCUAGAGGAGAAGCACCUUCGGCAAUCCUUGCUUGCUUCUUCUAUCCGCUCCGCCUUUGCUUCUUUGCUCGUUCCGCCUACGGAGUACGCGGCUGACGUGCCUGACCCGGCUGCGCUCGUCCAUCAAGCUGACAAGGAUGCUCUUCAGUUGAUUCAACUGGCGUGCAAGGGCGACAAGCAUGCUCGCGCCCUCGACGCGGCUCGCACUCUGCACGGCUCUCGUAUGCUGGAAGCGGCAUUGCAGAUUUGUAGCUUCUUCCACCUGCCGAGCUUGGCGGAUCGGAUGAGCAGCCUGAGGGGGUGGGUGGAAAGCAGUGCAGAGCGCGAGGAGAGGAUGGAGCUCGAUGCCGCCGAGGCUGUCAGGACGGAAGACUUUGCUGAGGCGGCGGAGAGGGGGAGGCGAAGCGGUGGUGGGCGAGUGCUCGUGGCCAGCUCGCAAGAUUCGGGACGCGGUGCUACAUCAGCAACCACAUCGCACGCUCGUAGGGCGUUGAUGGAGGAAUUCAGAUCGACUGCUGCUGACGCUGGCACGCCACGUCGUUCGCAGAGAGCUGGAGCCAAUUUCGACGCUCUCUCUUCCUCGACAGCCUGUGAGGCCGCAGCCAUGCCACCGCCCGCAUCGUCUCGCGCCUUGGCCGACUCGACCCACCUCAAUGGCGACGCGACACGAAAACGCAAGGGCGACGAUGACCUUGACGGCUCCCACUCGGGCGGUGAAGACGACAGUGAUGUAUUCGUAGGUGAAGCAGACUCCCGCCCGCCUCCGCAAAAGCAACGCUCCACCUCAAAUCCGUUCAGCAAGCCCUCCUUGACGAACGGUACCGCGCGUCCUGGCAAUCCCUUUGCGCGUCAGCCAGGUAUGACGAGAGACAGGAGCAUGCACAAGUCUAGCUCCUUCUUCGAUCGGGCUGAAGCGCACCUGAGCGGGACGGGCGCCGCUGCUGAGGCUGCGAGCGGCUCAUCGAGCAAGAAAGGGAAGACGAAACAGUCCACCCUUUUCGGUAUGGCAGGUGCGAAUGGGAGCGGACGCAGCAAGCCCUCUUCUACGGCUUCGUCGGUUCCAGCACCUACGCCUGCCUGGGGUGAGACGCAGCAGUCCGAGGACGGCGGUGAUGAGGAGAUGGAGGAGAGCUUGCGAUUGACGCUCGAUUCUGCUGCCGAGAAGGAGGCGAACAGGCAGAAGAGAGGUGGACUGGAGGAGACGCAGAUGCAGGGCGACGAUGAUGAGGAAGAGAGUCAGGUUGAAGGGGCGGGCGAGGCCGAGGCGGAAGACGAGCAAGAGCAGUCAUCGAGUCGAGACAGUGAGUGAGAUGGGGAGCGAUUGGCGAUGGAACGACAGAAUGUUGUACUGACAGAGUCUACCCUCCGCCCCUAUCUGCAGAGCUCGAAGCGUUUCGACGAUCCACCAAGACGGUGCCAGUAGCCUGACCCGUGAUACUGCUCAUCUGCUUCUCCUCGCCUCUACAACGCUGCAUCCUUUCCGCCUGCUCUUGCUUU